AUGACUGAGGAGGAAAGAAAACAUUUGCUUGCAAACAGAACUGGACAGAUCAGUGAAUAUCUGAGGCCAGCAUCGCCAAAUUAUCUAACAGGGAAGCAGCCAUGUCAAUUGAAUGUCUCAUUUUGGGAACAAAGAAGACGUAAGAAGCUUCUUCGUAAAUAUAAUGAAUAUCAAGAACGUCUUCAAUCAUUAUAUUGUCACGAUAAACAGCUUUGUGCUGACCAUAACCAUGAAAAUGCUAUGAAAGUAAGCGGCGAUGAAAUACAACGAAAGCGUAACAUCGAUAGCUUGCUCGCCAAAAUAACUUUUAUUACAAACAUCACUUUACUUUUUGCUAAUGGAGCUGCUUCAAUAUUGUCUGGUUCUCUUUCCAUUAUUAGUACAUUUCUCGAUUCUAUGGUGGACUGUGUCAGUGGAAUAUUAAUUUUCAUAAGUACAUGGGCUAUUAGCAAUACAGAUCCAUUCAACUAUCCACGAGGACGAGCACGGUUGGAAUUGAUUAUUGUUUUAAUAUGUUCCAUCAUUAUGGGUGUUGCCAAUAUUAUGAUGAUUAUUCAAUCUGUUGAAUCAGUUAUCACUAAAAAUGUACACCCAGAUGCGAAUAUCCCCACAAUCAUCAUAUUAGUUAGUUGUUGUAGCAUGAAAGUACUGUUAAUGGUGUUUUGUUACAAGCACGGUACACCUAGUUCACAUACAUUAGCAAUGGAUCAGCGAAAUGAUGUUAUAACAAGUACGGUUGCUUCCAUUGGGGCUAUUAUUGGAGAUAAGUAUUGGUUGUAUGCUGAUCCAAUUGGAGCCAUUUGUGUCUGCACAUUUGUGGCUACAUCUUGGUUUUUCAAUGCUGCGCAAACUAUUCCGAUGUUGGUGGGAAGACGUGGCGAACAAGAAAAUCUAUCACGAAUUAUUCAGAUUUGCGUUGAACAUGAUGAACAUAUCAAAUGUCUAGACCAUGUUAUGGUUUAUCAUACUGGUUUAUUAGCAACAGUUGAAGUGCACAUCGUAUUAGCUGAUGAUUUACCAUUGAAAACAACGCAUGACAUCAUUGAGUCGUUGACGAAGAAAAUACUACGCUUACCAUUCGUUGAACGAGCUUUCGUACAUGGUGAUUAUAGAUGUGAUGGCGACUGGUUUUUGUAG